AUGUAUGUGAUGGGAGCCCUGGGGCCGGCAGUGGGAUAUCUGUUAGGAGGAGUUCUGAUUGGUUUCUACGUCGACCCCACAACUGUCAUCCAUAUUGACCAGAGUGACCCGCGCUUUGUUGGCAACUGGUGGAGUGGGUUCUUGCUGUGUUCUAUAGCCAUGCUCCUGGUCAUCUUCCCCAUGUUUGCUUUCCCUAAGAAGCUGCCUCCUCGCCACAAGAAGAAGAAGAAGAAGAAAAAGAUGACCUCAUCAGCAGAUGACAUGUCCAGCGAUGAUGAUUUUAUGAUGGAGAAGGAAAAGGGACAGAACGUCCAGACCGGCAUGGGCUUCGGGAAGGACAUCAAAGACCUCCCCAAGGCAGCGAUAAGGAUCCUGUCCAACAUGACGUUCCUGUUUGUCAGUCUGUCCUACACAGCAGAAUGUGCCAUCGUUACAGCCUUCAUCACAUUCAUACCCAAGUUCAUAGAGUCCCAGUUUGGCAUCCCUGCAUCUAACGCCAGCAUAUACACAGGUAUAAUCAUCGUCCCCAGUGCUGGGGUGGGUAUCGUCCUAGGGGGCUACAUCAUUAAGAAGCUGAAGUUGGGAGCCAGAGAGUCAGCCAAGCUGGCUAUGAUCUGUAGUGGGGUGUCUCUGCUCUGUUUCUCUACGCUCUUCAUCGUGGGCUGUGAGAGCAUCAACCUGGGAGGUAUCAACAUACCAUACACGACUGGGCCCACCCUGACUAUGACCCACCAUAACCUGACUGGAGGCUGUAAUGUGAACUGUGGCUGUAAGAUCCAUGAGUACGCCCCGGUGUGUGGCUCUGACGGCAUCACCUACUUUAACCCCUGCUUGGCUGGGUGCAGCACGGUGAGCAACGGCAGCACUGGGAUCAGGAACUACACCGAGUGUGCGUGUGUCCAGAGCCGACAGGUCAUCACCCCUCCCUCUGGUGGUCAAGGCAACCAACUGCAGCUGGUCAUCGUUAAGACCUACCUGAACGAGAACGGCUUCGCGGUGUCGGGGAAGUGUGACCGCACCUGUAACACCCUCAUCCCCUUCCUCAUCUUCCUCUUCAUCGUCACACUCAUCACCGCCUGCGCUCAGCCCUCCGCAAUCAUAGUCACGCUCAGGUCUGUGGAUGAACAGGAGAGACCCUUCGCUCUGGGUAUGCAGUUUGUCCUGCUAAGAACUCUGGCCUAUAUCCCUACUCCCAUCUAUUUCGGGGCGGUGAUCGACACCACCUGUAUGCUGUGGCAGCAGGACUGUGGCGUCCACGGCUCCUGCUGGGAGUACGACGUCACUUCCUUCCGCUUCGUCUACUUCGGCCUGGCCGCCAGCCUCAAGUUCAUUGGCUUUGUCUUCAUCUUCCUCACCUGGUACUCCAUCAAGUACAAGGAGGAGCAGGCGGAGCGCUGGCACCAUCGACUACCCCCGUUGGGCACUGUCUCUGACCUCAUCUGCCACGUGGGGGGCCAGAAGAGCCACGCCCGAACCCGCUCCUGCCCGGUGUUCAUCCCGCCUUGCGACCACCCUCCCGUGGCACUCCUUCUCAACCGGGGUCACAGCAGCCUCAGUUGCCCCGGCAACACUCUUAAACCAAUAAACCCACCCCCUCCCUCUCUGCUGAUGCCGUACACAGAGGCUCCGCCCACAUCUGAGAGCAGGAAGUAAACAGGCCACACCUGUUCCUCUUUAGGCGACGCCUCUAUCUGUUCCUCCCCAGGGGUUGUGAUACAUGCCUUCCUGUUCCUGUCUCCACCUCGUUUCUAAAAUAUACACCAAUCAGGCGGUGGGGGCGGUGACUUCCAUGGCUCUGAUUGACAGGCAGAGAGACCAAUAGACUGACAGUGACAGACAGAGGCCGUUUGCGGUAUUAAAGGGCUGGCCACAGUUAUAUGGGCGUGUCACAAGGGAACAGCUCGACUCCCUAUUGGCCUACAGAGCUGUCUGUCUCUGGUGUGCAUAUCAUUAGCUGCAGAGUGGCGGCUGGUGGGAGGAGCUAUAGGACAGGUUCAUUGUAAUGGCUGAAAUGGAAUACAUGGAAUGGAGUCAAACAUGUG